AACGUGUGUGUGGUGAGUUACAUCUGACAGAUGAAACAGGGACAGGGGGAGGAGUGAGUGUGGGUGCAGUAUCCAGGGGUGAAAGAGUUGGUUGGGUUGGUUGGAAGCUCCAGAUGGGAUCUCAUAACUCAAACGGCGUUUAGUUUCCGUAAGUUUUUAACAUGUAAGUUUAGAGUUUUAGAUACUGAGAGGACUGGGUUUAACGGAAGUUACUGGAUAGCUUCAGGACUUCUAAAAACUGGGGAACAAAUUUCCUGCCCGACCUGCCAAGAGACUAUAAAAAGUCUGGAGGACCCACGGUGGAAUUAGAUCUGUGCUGGUAGGUAGUGAGAAAACAGGAUGUCGACGCUACCAUCAGAAAACAGCAUUGACAAUGCCUGCAGUCGCAGCUUCUGGAUGCCUGGGAACUAUCAGCCCACUGUGAAGCGAACAGAAGAUGCCUUCCAGGCCUGUAAUGACAUAGUGGCAUGUUUCCAAGAGAGAGCUCGCGUGGAGAGGCAGUACGCUCAGCAGCUCAGUGAAUGGAGCAACAAGUGGAAGCCAGUAGUGGACUCCAGUCCUUUAUAUGGAUCUCUUCUGAAGGCUUGGCAGUGUUUUCUGUCCUCUGCUGACCGGCUUGCCUCUUUACACGCCUCCAUCUGCCGCUCGUUAGUGUCGGAGGAUGGAGACCGGGUCAGGACCUGGCAGAAAGACACCUUCCACAAGAAGUUAUUUGGAGGCUUUAAGGAGUCCCAGGACAUUGAGACGGGCUUCACGCGUGCUCAGAAGCCGUGGGCCAAACGGCUUAAAAAGCUGGAUAAAGCCAGAAGGGCGUACCACAAAGUGAGCCGUAAGGAGCAGGCAGCCAGGGAAAGAGAGGAACAUGCUCAGGGGAACCCGGAUGUUGCCAUCGACAAACAGAAGAAGAUCCUGGAGGAGAGAGAGCUGGCUCAACAGGAGGCAGAGAAGGUUCGGGCCCGCUAUGAAAAAGUCUUUGAGGAGGUGAACCGCUACGCUCCACGCUACAUGGAGGAGAUGGAGUCCAUAUUUGACCAAUCGCAGGAUGAGGAGCGCAAGAGGAUUGUCUUCCUCAAGCAAGCCUUCCUCUCCAUUCACAAACACCUGGACAUCACCAACAACGAGAGCGUGAGGGCCGUGUACAAUGAACUCCACAACACACUGAUGGCCAUUGAUGAGCAUGAGGAUCUUCGCUGGUGGAAAAACACCUACGGGCCCGGCAUGCCCACCGACUGGCCUCACUUUCAGGAAUGGGUUCCUGAGAAGAAAACCAAAAAAGGGAAGAAAGAAGUGGAAAAGAAAGGAACAAUAGAGAGGAGUGUAAUGAUUGGAGGAGUGAGAGUAAGAGCUCUGUAUGAUUAUGUUGGCCAGGAGACAGAUGAGCUCUCAUUUAAAGCAGGUGAGGAGUUUUUGAAGAUCGAGGAUGAGGAUGAUCAGGGCUGGUGUCGGGGAAUGAAGGAUGGCGGGUGUGAGGGGCUUUACCCAGCCAACUAUGUUGAGGUGGUGUAGUGCAUCUAAACAAAAAAUGAAAAGAUCUUGUUACAUCAUGUGCUUCGUUUCAAUGUGGAAGUCACAACCUGGUUUAACGACUAGAUGUCAAAAACAUAAAACCAAUGCUGUAAA